AUGGCUAAUGACGAAUACGAUUUCCUCUUCAAAGUCGUUUUGAUCGGAGACUCUGGCGUUGGUAAAUCCAACCUUCUUAGCCGAUUCACUCGCAACGAGUUCAACCUCGACUCGAAAUCCACUAUCGGCGUCGAAUUUGCGACGCGAUCCAUCCAGGUCGACUCCAAGACAAUCAAGGCACAAAUUUGGGAUACUGCUGGUCAGGAACGAUACCGUGCCAUUACCUCCGCCUACUAUCGCGGCGCCGUCGGUGCGCUUCUUGUCUACGACAUCAGCAAGCACCAGACCUACGAGAAUGUCACGAGGUGGUUGAAGGAGCUGCGUGACCACGCCGACGCCAACAUUGUCAUUAUGCUUGUUGGUAACAAGAGUGAUUUGCGGCAUCUGAGAGCGGUUCCUACCGAAGAAGCGAAGGCGUUUGCUAGCGAAAAUCAUCUCUCCUUCAUUGAGACUUCUGCCCUCGAUGCUAGCAAUGUUGAGCUUGCUUUCCAAAACAUUCUUACUGAAAUCUACCGCAUCGUUUCCAGCAAGGCCCUUGACGGCGGUGAUGGUGCCCAGGCUACCAUUGGUGCCGGAACGAACAUCUCUUUGAGCAAGCCUGCGGAUGAUGAUGCCUCGAAGGGUGGCAAGUGUUGCUGA